GGAAGCUCGGGUAUGAAAACGCUGCGAGUAAAUCGAUAGAGAUUUUUUUUAGCGUGUGUACAAGAGCUGUGCUUGUGUGGUGGAUGAUGCCGUGAGACAUCCCUGGAGUGAAUCCUUGUGCAGCGAGUGGCACGUCCACCGUGGUCGGCUGGGAAGUGCGCGACGUCGACAUGGGGUCCCGUCUAUUGUGCGCUUGGGCCUCCGUGGGCCAAGCCUCGUUGAGACAGGACUAGUGUGUGUACCCCCCCUCCAGUUGGGACCAUUGAUUCAGCGGGCCCGUGGUGGUGGUGAGACAAGAGAAGUCGGUGUCAGUUGCGAGUCGUGCCGCAGAGCCGUCGCGUGCGGCAUCGCUAGCCGCCGCGCCGUCGGCGGUGUUUCGGUCGGCCCCCGCGUUGCUUGACCCGAGGCUGCGCGAUGAAUGCGGCCGCGACGUCGUUCCAAUGCUCGCUGCUGCCGCCGCCACAGCCAGGCGCCGUCGGAGCGAUCGGCGACGGUGAACGGUACGACGAUGACGACUCGGGCAGCGAGUACGACGUGAUCGACGUCCUGUCCGCCGACCACUGCACGGGCGAGCACAGCUACACGAUGCAGAUGCCGCCCAGCAUGUUGCUCGAGGAAGAGCGGCGGCGGGUGUACGAAAGCCCCGAACUUCAAGCCGCGCGACGCCUCGUAGACUGGCUCGACUCUCCGGCGUGUCGGAAGUACAGCGCGCCUUUCCUCGAUCCCCUGGAGAUCGAGCAGCGGCCCGCGUACUUGCGCGUCGUGCGCCAGCCCAUGUGUCUGAGCCGAGUGCGCGCCGGCCUGGACUCCCGGUCGUACGCCGGCAUCACCGAAGUCGUGCGCGACGUACGGCUCAUCUUGGAGAACUGUUACCGCUUCUACGGACCCCAGCACCACUUGACCAAAAAGGCGUUGAGGCUGGAAACGGUGCUCGAACAGAAGCUAGCCCUUCUUCCCCGAGAGCUACGGGAAAAAACGACACUAGAGGCCACCACGUUGGAGAACCGAGAUCUUGGGGCUCAGAGAGCGGGUCGGCGAGCCCGUCUCACGAGUCAGCUGCCCACGGGUGGCGAGAGUUCGGCGCUGCUCCAGCUGGUGAAAGCGGAGAAGGCGGCGCAGGCGCGAGAGGAGCGCCUCAAGCAGCGUGAGGAGAGGCGGGUCGAGAAGGAAGUGGCCCAGCAGGCCGUCAUCGAUUGGGAGAGCAGCACCUUCGGCCCGGGACUGGCCGAACUUUCCCAUCACUGGGAGGUUCCCCAGUUGUGCCAGUUCCUACGGUUGUCCCAGGAGCCCCUGCAGCUUCCGGACGUGACGAUAGCAGAGGUGGAGCGCUCGUUGCUGAUGCCCAAGAAAAGCUCCCUGCUGUCUCUGCUCAUGACCUGCCUGCUGGUUGCACCACAGCAGAGGCCCAAGACCCUGUUACAGCACCCUAUGCCGUAUCGAGUGUGGAACGAACGGCUAAGGUGUCGCCUCCAAAACUGGUACCGCACUUACAUGGGGAGUCAGCGUAAUUUUCUCAAGGUUUUCGAGGCUCACGGUCUUGAAGAGCAGUUUUUCUUCAUCAUGGGCGAGACAGAUCCCAUGGAGAACAAGGACUUCCACGAGCUGGACCUGGUGCAGAGGGUGUGGCUGCUCAAGGCCCUGUGCGACCACAAGCUGGGCCAGCACCGGCGCGUUCAAGAGUACAUGGCGGAGCAGGAAGCUGACAGGCUGCGCGAGGCGUUCCUGGGCGAGGACCGUGUCGGACGGCGCUACAUCUACUUCCCGUGCAUGGCAGAGCCCAGAGUGUAUCGCGUCCUGCUACCCCAGCCGCCUGCGACGCCGGAGAGGGAGCCCAGCCCGCCACCGCAGCCAACGCCUAAAGUGUCGCAUAAGUUGAAGAAGAAAGGCCGUCCACAAAGGGGUAGUUCCAGGAGGUCCUCUAGGCACAAAAAGGCAAAAGCAGCGGCCGUCAAAGAGGAGUGUGAAGAGGAAGAGAAGAAGGCGGCCUGCCGAUACGGACGCGGAUACGAAACCCGUAGAGCCAGACAUCCACGGAGGAAACAGUGGAGGCGGACCCUGCGGCCACGAAUGGGGAACAGACACCCAAGGAGGAAUCAACACCAAAAGUCGAGGCGGAGGAAGAAAAGGAAGAGAAAGUGCCGCCCUGAUUUCGAGACUGUGGUGACCAGCGUGGCUGACUUGCGGAUUUUAAUCGCUUCCCUGGCGGAGAGCAAUUGCAGCAGCAACAGCAAUGAUAGUAAGGAGGGCGCCACUGAGGAGAAUAGGCCAACUACUAGAAAGGGAAGUGCUGAGGCAGCAAAAGUCGAGGAGGGUGUGGAGCGUCCACUGCUGGACCAGCUACGAAUCUUGCUGUCGGAGUGGGAGACGGAGGAGGCGGCCUUUCAACAGACGGACGCGGCCCUGCGCACCCGACUCCACCACGAGUGGCACCAGCCGGACACCCAGGACAUCCAUGGCAGCGAGGAUGCCGUGGACUCUUGGACGAUGCACUACAAGGACGAGUGCCUCAUAGAGGACUCUUCUUCCGACGAAAGCAUGAGUCAAGAGGAGUACAAUGACAAUGCCGACGAUCAUGAAGAGGGAGUGGAAAUGGAGGAAGAGUGCAAGGACAGCAGCGGUUGGCGGGUGCUACGAAAGCGCAAGAUUGCCCUGGCACUGCCAAAUGGGCUCAGCAACUCUGACGAAGAAUCGGCUGCAAGCGAGCCAUCUAGCCAGCCUGUCGCCCAUCCUCCUAGCCAACCUAGCAGAGUGACGAGCUGCCAGGUCUCCACUCAGACUGUUAGUCCCAUUCCGACUCUGGCGCGAUCCAUACCUGCUGUGUCUAAAGAAUCAGUUGCAAAAGUAUCCAUACCCCACAUACUGGCCAGAAAUUCGACAUCUGCAACAUUGACCACCGUGACGCCUAGCUCCACGACGUGGAUCAGGCCGUUCACAAGGGUGCAGCUCGAUCAUCCGAAACGAUCGACGGAGUACCACAAAAGGCAGGCCGAGCAGGCAAAGCGACCGACGAAGGUGCGCUCGCUGCUCGAGGCGGGCUACACGACUUUCACGGAGCCCAGCCGUCCAUCCACGCCUCAGUCAACCCAGGCUGCUCCUGUUACGGUGCUUCCAGUCGUGCAAGAGCAAGUUGUAAUGCAGAACAUUUGUAAUGCGGAGCCAGCCACAAUGCAGAACAUUUGUAAUGCAGAGCCAGUUGUAAUGCAGAAAAUUCAUACUGCAGAGCCAGCUGUAAUGCAAAACAUUAGUAAUGCAGAGCCAACUGUAAUGCAGAACAUUUGUAAUGCGGAUCCAGUUGUAAUGCAGAACAUUCGAAAUGUGGAGCCAGCUGUAAUGCAAAACAUUAGUAAUGCAGAGCCAACUGUAAUGCAGAACAUAUGUAAUGUGGAGCCAGUUGUAAUGCAGAAAGAGAAGGAUGCCAAGCAUUCCCGUGGUUCAGGAAAGUGUGCCGGAAACUCUGGUUCCGGAAACCCAGAGUUUCCCUCUGGCCUCAAGUCUGUUCUGGUGCCGGCGGUGGACAAUAGCGGGCAGGAGAUCUUGUUACAUGUAGAGUACACAACUCUUGAUGAAGCCAGCCUCGGUAACAACCUCCAGUCGCUGCCGCUGCCAACAGUGCCACCUGUAGGGCCGAGCUAUUCAACGACAAUGCCAGCUCCAGAUUUUACUGGUGCACUAUCGGGCAUGCAAAACAUGUCUGCUUCCUCGACGGUAAUACAAAACCUCCAGAUGGCUCCACCAGUCGUGCAAAAUGUUCCUGUGGUGCAGUCGCUCAUGCAGACGCUGCCACAUCCACCAGUGGAAAUCCCAGUGGCAACAUCGCUGAUGCAGACUCUUCCUGUGUCGUCGCCUGUUGUGCAACCAAGUGUUACCUUGCCUGCAUUACUGCAGAAUCGCCGGCGUGAGGGAACAAACUCACGGAAACACGGGCUGCCAUGGUGGAAACAUUCAAAUACACCUUCAACGACGAAGGUCAAAGAGAUUCCGCCACUAGCACCUAUCGCAGCACCGCGGAAAAUCUUCAAGUCUCGCAAUGCAGCUUCCAGCCUCAAACAAUAUGAGCUCCAGCAUGGACGGCACGGUGGGCAUGGCGUCGAGUGGCGUGCACACUUCGAGGAGCGACACAUUCUUAUCGUCCCAGCAGCAUCAGCAACUCAUUGGCUCUAAUGGGUCGCAGCAACUCGUGUUUGUCGUUCCACAGAGCCCGCCGAAGCAGCAGCAGCAGGUCGUUCUGCAGCAACCUGAGGUGCCGGCCGUGUCGCAAGACAUGAUUGGCCAGCUUAUCCCCAUGGCGCAAGCGCCUGCGAACGAUUCGCAGCAUGCUGCUGCUUCGUUGUUGUUGCAGGCCACAGUGCAAAACACUAUGCAGACGCCCAUUCUCCUCCUGACUAGCGACGGGCGUCUGCUUCAGGUGGUGCCGCAGCCCAGCUGACCGGGCUUGGUCACUUCAGCGUGUGGCUCCUCUUGGCUACCACCCGGCUACUUCCCCGGCCACCUUGGGAUAAGUGUGUGUUGUAUAUAGCUGUGUGCCUCGCCAACAGUGCCUCUUGUCGUAGUGCAUAGGACCUGCCUGAGUGACUCACUCUCGCCAUCGCCACUGUUUGAAGCUGUUUUUGAGCCUUGACUCUUUGAAACGUGCAGACAGCCAACACGAUAGUGCAUUACAAGUGCCCUUGUUAAAGAAGUGUGGCAGUACUGUUUAGAGCAUUCUAACACCACAGUAUGUGGGUAUUGGGCAGUCUCACGAUAGGGGGUCUUACUGCUGAUGGGCAUCUGAACUAGGAGGCUGUAACUCCGUGGUCACAUUGCACACUUGCGGUGGUUAGACCAGCACAUCACAGUUAACGUGUGACAGGCACGAGAAGUCGCGUUUGCUGAGUACUGUGAUGACUGAGCUUGAAUCGCGAGGAUUUGCGCUAUUUUACUCGUAGGUGAGUGUUGCAUGAGGCGUACACAGCAGCACUGAACCGCCCAAGUUUGUGCUUUGCGAUUGUUGGUUUUUAUUGUAAACAAGAAGUAAGUAUCAUGGGUGGGGAAUAGCGAGUUUGAAAAGCUGUUGUGGGGAAAUAUAGUUCCCUCAAAUUCAGAAGAAAAUCUUUGCGAAUUGUUCUUGUAGGUCGUUCAUAACUCUUUCGUGUUAGCAAGCAUUUCUUCCUUGGCCUAUUGCUGGAAAGAGCCAUGCAAAGUUUUUAGUUAAUGCAUGUAUUCUAAUCUCCUUAUUGUCUGCCGCAACCAAUAUGAUUACUAGCCGUAGUGUUGGUUCACAAAGCGGCAUGAUUGCUUUAUUUUUCUUCCAUACGGCCCUGUGCCAAGGUUGGGCUCAAUGUGCCUCGAUUACUUAAGCGACAUCUCUCGAAAUGAUAGUUGCAUUUGGUUCCUGAACAAAACACUGGGGAGCGGCAUCAUGUCGCUGACAAAUCGGAAAAAAGGUGUGAAACUCUUCAGCUUAACUGGAAGGGGGAUGCCCAUGUUAAUUGGUCGUGCCUGUUUGUCGGCGCUGAUACGUACUGCAGUAUUCUUUAAUGGAGAGAUCUCGGCUGGUGGUAUUUGUAUGUGUACUACAGGGCUGCUUUUGAGCUAGUGCUUUACUAAAGCAUAGCAAAUGUGGCACUCGGGAAGCAUUUCUUUUUUAUCUAAUUAUAAAUAUGUUCCUUCAAAUUAGUGGCUGGCAAUCCAGUGUGUGUGAGUUUGAACAGAAUUCCGAAAGAAACCGACGAGCUGUGUGUGCGUACUGAAGACUAGCAAAGCUAUUCAAAUGUGUGUUGGUGUGUGGCCAGCAACUUUUGUCAAUUAAAAGAAAUUGAAAGAAAUAAUUACUGUAUGCAAUAUUGCAGCAUUGCAGUGUGUUUUGAAGGAUGACGUAACCUGUGAAGAGGCCAGACAUGAACUGUAUGUAUCCUUUUUUCAUAUGACAGGACUACUAGUUUGCCUAUUCUCUUUAUCUACGGUUACCUGCUUCACAAACAUGUUGAGUUCUAGACUUAUUUAGCACUUUUCCACAUGUCAUAUAUUACACACUGUAUACAUACAAAAGCUUCAAACUUAAUAGCAUGUAAAUAAAAGGAGGAAAGCCGUGCACACAA